CGAUGGAAUAUAUAAACGGCAGAUUCUCCCACAUUUGCUUUUUAUCUAUUCAAUGUCUAGGAGAAGAAACCCCCGUAUUUUCCUCACGGCCGUGGUCGCCUCAUCGCUCCUAGCCGCAUCCUACAAACUUUAUGACUAUUAUGUGUCGAGCUCCAGCAACUCAAAAAAUCUUCAAGACCCCAAGAAAUACACCAAAAAGUCCAUUGCCUUGACAUUAUCACACUCGAUUUUAAGUUCUCAACUCCCGCUCGAUGAGAUCCUUCUCAACUCGGAAAACGUGACGUUCAUUUUGCCACCUAACUUGUCGGUGGACGAUUUGGAAGGUAAUUUUGCUGGAGGUGAGGCUGGUAGCCUGUUACCAAGGGCGUUGCUUAAAAACUACAAGUUGUUGAACUGUAGCAACUUCCAGGGGUAUUUUGAUAUCAUCAAGAAUUUAAAGCCAGAUAUGCUUUUGGUGUGUUCGGACGAUUUGGGCAUUCGCAGCCUGCUUCCGCUGGACUUGAGUCGAUUUGCGAAGGAGAUUGUGGAAGUGGACCAGAACGCCGAGGAUAUAACCACCAAGUUGAUGCCAUUGUUCGUGUGGUAGCUCGUGCGGUUGCAAGCUCAAGGCUCCCCAACACAAAAAGAACGACAACAACGAACAGAACGAGACAAACGAAAAUACACAUCAUGUAUGUCAUGACGUUAUGCAUUGACACAUCACACGAAACGAGCCAAGUUUCUACCCACCAUCUUUCCUACGGUCAGUAUUAAAUACGAUUAGAUAUAUAUUGACAAGUGAGUACU